AGACUCUGACACGGGCUAUGUAGCUACUGUACAGUAGUAGAUAGCAUGCGGGAGUCGAUACACGCCCUUCGUUGAGACUUCUUGAGCCUCCAAGGUACACAGAGAGAGCUUGCCCGGGCACCUCUUGCAAGUGGGAAGGUCCACUCGUGGGUCCACUAGACGACGUUCUUACUUACAGCUCACAGACUAUUACAACACUUGGCGGAGAAGACAUUGUGUUCUUGGCAGGAGAUAGCUAUUCACCUGCCCGGGGCCGUCGACUGGGUGAUGAUGCAAUGGUGUUUCGACCACUACUUCAUGUUGGUUCUGGAGAAACCAGGAGAGACACGAGGGACAUCAGCAGUUCUUCGCAGUCGUUCAGUUGAUAGGGACGGAGAAAGAGGCCAACGCUUUCAGUUGUGUUGGCUUUAGUGUAGAGGUUGCAAUUGAAUAUUACUUUCUCUUUAUCUUUUCUCUCUUUAUUUGCACCCUUUCUUCCUCUGUUGUUUUCUUAACUCACUAGAUACAAGUUGGAGCUGGUGGGUCAUGGUAGAAAGUUAACAUGGGAAGCAAAGCCUCAAAGCAUCCACUGCAGUAUAUCAAGUGUCAUUUGCAGCAACGACUGCCUAAUAUUUGAGACUGCAGUGGCUUCACAUUUCGGAGACAAUUGAAACCUUGCUAUGACGUCACAAUCUACAAGACAUCAUGGCGGAAGGCCCAGCGGUCAACGAGACGCUAACUCCAGACGAUGCCGCGGACGUGUUGGAGGAGCUACUGCCAACACAGAACAAGUCAUACGAGCUGGGGCUAAAGUUGAAACUGCCACAUCACGUUGUGGAGGCCGUUCACAAGGAAUUACCGUCCGACAAGUGUCUGCUUCAAAUCCUGAUCAAGUUCCUGCAGCAGGCGGAGCCCAGACCUACGUGGAGAGUCAUCGUAGAUGCUCUCAAGAGUCCUGUAGUCGGUCUAACGGCUCUGGCUAGGAGAGUGGAAGCAUCUCAUUUCCCUGACUCUACCGCAACACAUGACGUGGUACCUGAGACGACUACUGAGUCUGCAGCCAACACUACUGCUGGUGAUGAUGAUGUCAAAUCAAAGCCAUCUUCUCAACUGAACCCUGCUGAUAUUACGGCAGUGGAGACUGAAAUCAAAGGGCUUAGUGACAGGUUCAACGCUCUAAAAUACCUUGCAAUCCAAGGCCUACAGAAGAUUGGUGUUACCGUCCAAAUGGUUGUCUAUAUUCUCACAAACAUUUGCACAUACGGCGAUCAAUUAUUUUUAAAAGAAAAUCACAAGGCUCUUCGACAGUGCGAAGACCAUCUUGAGCUGUUUGGAUCUCUCAACUUCUACUGGAACUAUCUCGCACCUGAUCUGCUCGACCACCUGAUCGGAGAACUGACUAAGAAGGGACAUGAGGAAUUCAACACGACUGCUAGUGAGAUGACCGCCUACAAAAAGGAUCUGGAAGAGUUUAAAAAACAUACGACAUUGGUUCUGUUGUGUGAGGCUGACCCUCGGCCGCUCGAUGAAGAUCCUCCACCUGGCUUCAGGAAGAUGGUAGUCAAGUUUGAAUGGCCCCGAACUGCAACACUGGAGGACGUGGAGAAGUUCAGGAGACGAUACGCCAGCAACUACGACCUUCAGACAUGUGCCAUGAUGUUGAACAGCAUUGGGACUGGAUGUUUCACUGUCACUUGGUUCGUACCUGUCUCAGUGGUGGAGAUGUUGAGGAAAAAGAGAGCGUUGGCUGUCUUCAAGGAGUUCAGUGUCACUAGACUAGACAUCCACACAUCAACACAGAUUUGUGUCUACCAAGUCCCCCCUCAGAGACCAGUGGCUCCAUCCUCAACCAGUGACAGCUCGGCAAAUGCUAAGUUGUCUAAUGCUGCCAACAAAAGCAAGGAGCCACGCCAAGUGUCAUCAGUGGAUGAGGACUAUCCUUUUGUUGAGCAGCCAUCUGAUGACUUGUUCUGUCCAGUGACAACUGGUCUUCUGCUCCAUCCUCACCUCACAUCAUGCUGUGGUAAUCAUCUCUCAGAGGAAGCUGCUGCCAGGAUAAGAGGAGAUAGAGGGGCAUGCCCACUUUGCAAGGAGGAGGAUUGGAGCACGUUGUUGAAUAAAAGCUUACAGCGUCAAGUGAAGUCACUGCGUGUGUUCUGUCGCCAUGAAGACAGAGGGUGUGGCUGGCAGGGAGAGCUGGCUGCCUUUCACCCUCACGUGAGCUAUUGUCCAAUGGGAGACGGUCCUCCCAUGACUGAGCUAGUGAAACUGCCAGUAUGCAGAGAGGCUGGAGCCGUCCCUAGUUUGUCUGGAGCCAUUUCUCCCCACUCUUCUGCCUCUGGAACUAUUGUACGAGUGAACGAGAAAGCUGAGAGAGACUCUGAGACUCAGAGAACAAAGCCUGCUCACCUAGCAACAGCUGUACCCCAUGCCAUACCACCUGUAGUUAAACCUCGAAAGGUAAACAGGUCUGAAAAUGAUAUUGAACAGGAUAUUGAACCUCUGGACAUUCCGGGAGUCGAGUUGGAAGAGACUGAGCGAAGCCAUUUUUCCAUAAGGAGGGAAGAAGUUGAGGUUGAAAAACGAAGCGGGGUUGGUGGUCUGUCUGUUGAUGACAAUUAUAUGUACUAUUCCUUCACUGAAAAUGAAGAUAAAAAGUUUCUGCGCAAAUGUGAACAUAAUGGGAAUUUUGUUUGCGAUGUAUCCCUACCGAAAUUUGUUCGUGGAAUUGGAAAGGAUAAUUACGGUUUUCUAUACGUUCUAUGUUCCAGUACCUAUUCAAAAGUGUUUAAAUUUGAUGAAAAACUGAAUCCAGUCCGAAAAACAAAUAAGAACUGUACAGAACAUUUUGGUGUGGCAUAUGGAAUUUUGGUGACUGAUGAACAUGUUUUCGUUUGUGCACGGGUUAGCCAAAAGGUAUGCAUUUUGGACUUGGACUUGAAUCUUCAGUAUUGCUUGAAAUUAAAUGUUAGCCCCAUUGGAAUUACGAAGCUUAGUGACACGUAUUUCGUUACCGCUAUAGCUGCUAUUGGAAUCCUGGAUUUAGAUAUUGACAAUAUGAAAUUUAGAGUGAAAAUAUGCGAAGAAAUGAAGACUGGUCUUACUACAGAACGGUUCAAACCUGAAAUCACACUCAAAGGAAUAUGUUCUGAUAAGCAAUACUUAUAUGUGACAGAGAGAGAUCAUUCAAAUGGAGGUCGCAUAUUGUGUCUGCAUUAUCAAGAAAACCAGUUAAUCCUCAAGUAUUUCUAUCAAAAUUCUUGUCAGCAUUGCAUGCCAAACUGCUGCCCGAUUGUAAUUGCC